GACCAAUUACCAAAGCAAUCGAAGCCGCGUGUUUGGAAAUGCAAGGGAGCCAGCAGAAUACACACUUUCAAUUCAAUGCAUGCCCUUCUCUUUUCUUUUCAGAUCUCACAUCUUCACACAUGCUCACCCAUCCAUCGCUUUUUUCAGAAAGCAGAGUAAAUCAUUCAAUUCUGUAUAUGAUAUAUAAGUGUAUUCUCAGCGACGAAUGACUCUUUAGAAGUUGACCACAAGUGUUAAUACUAUUGGAAGCUUAGUUUUAUAUAUUUUGCUGGAUGUGUGGAUUGGUUUGAAGUACGAUGAUGGUGGCGGAUGAGAGUGCUAUGCAUCUGUCACCGGAGAAAUUGCCGGAGUCCGGUGGUGGAGAAACAGCAACCUCGGAUGUUCCGGGUGACAUAGGUUUCGAUAUGGAAAUGCUUUGGAGCUCGGUUCCGGAGGAAGAUUCUGCAUUAGAACAGGCGGUGCCACAGGACCUGUCACAGAAUUUCAUGCAACAUGGGUUUUCUCAUGGCUACAUGAUAGCCGAAAGUAACAUGAAAGCGUCAGUAACUUCUAAUAUACUGGAAUUAGGAAUGCCCCUUUUUGAUGGAUUUCAUUCUCAGUGCAGUUCGAUGCAGUAUUCUGAUUCUCUAGAUAAUAUGUUCAUGUCUUCAUACAUAUUGUCACCAGAUAGCCCACCCUUUCCUUUUUCUAGUGAGCUGAAUUUAGAGAUUGGGUCUUGCUAUGAUGAUCAUUCGCUCAGUGUAAAAAGUGAAGAAUGUCAGCCUUCAACUUGGUAUACUAACUUAGCCAGCAUUCUUGAUGAUGAAGAUUUGAUUCAGAGAACAUAUGACGUGCCUCAAGAUGGUGCAUACAUAAGUACGAGAAUAGAGACUAAUUUUAAGCCAGCCUCUGAGGCUUGGACAGACACUCCAUAUUUGUUCUCCGGAAUCUCUGCAAAGCAAGAAGCAUGUGCAGAUGACAGACCAGAUUUUAGCAUUGACAUGAAACCAUUUAAUAAGGAUGGCACUGUCACUUCAAAUGAACCACUAAAUCCCUCUUGUUUGCUUCUGCCACCUUCCAACUCAAGCAGAACUCAUUUGGUUUAUAGAACGGAUGACUGUGAAUGCACAUCACAUGAAUCUGGGGAUCCUGACAAUUAUUCUGAUCUGUUUCACACCUCUACUAUGGAAAAGCCCCAUCUGUAUAAUAAUGACCGCACUCUGAGUGGUAAUUUUGGAGACAGAUGUGAUCCGGUUCCAUCAACAUUAAAUAAACAGGAGUUAGAAUGUGCUAAACCAGAGAACAUACAUGGUUUGCAAAAAUCUACCAACUUGUCUUUGUUACCAACCACCUACCAAUCAGCUCAAAGCUCAUUUGCUCAAAGAACUUCUGCUGCUAGUGAUGAUGGCGAUAACUGCAUUCAGGAGGAUGUAAGUGGACCAACCAGACCAAUUUCAAGUGUGUCUAAUGGCAAGUCUCAUGUUAACAUGCAGUAUCCUACAAUUAGCGAACCUUCAACUCAUGCCAGGGUAGGACACAAGAGGUUCAAGCCAAAUAAGGAGCAAUUUGUUUUUCGAACUGCCUUACUGGACCUUUCCCAGCCAAGAUCUGAAGAUGAACCCCCAGAUGGUGUUCUGGCUGUUCCUCUUUUGCGACACCAGCGGAUUGCUCUAUCAUGGAUGGUCAAGAGGGAAACCAACCCACGCUGUUCUGGUGGGAUUCUUGCAGAUGAUCAGGGGCUUGGUAAAACGAUAUCAACUAUUGCUCUUAUACUCAAAGAAAGGUCUCCAUCUCUUUGGGCCUCUGCUGCCAUUACAAAACCAACUGAGGCGGAGAUGCUGAAUUUGGACGACGAUGAUGAUGUUACUACAAGUUCUUCUGAGGCUACUAUGUCAAUUAAAAACCCACAUGUAGUGAACACAUGCUCUGCCCCAGUUGCUAAACCAUUUAUACAUACAAAAGGUAGGGCAGCUGCUGGCACCCUUAUUGUAUGCCCAACAAGUGUCCUGCGGCAAUGGUCUGAUGAGUUGCAUCAUAAGGUAGCCAACAUAGCUAAUCUUACGGUUCUAGUAUACCAUGGAUGCAAUAGAACAAAAGACCCUUUUGAACUAGCAAACUAUGAUGUUGUUCUUACAACAUAUUCAAUUGUAAGUAUGGAAGUUCCUAAACAACCUCUUGAUGAUGAGGAUGAUGAUGACAGACGAAAGCAUACCCCAGAUUCAAUAAAUGGUUCAUCUUUUAAAAAGAGGAAACGCCCUCAAAGCUCUGAAAAGAAAUCAUCAAAGGACAAGAAAGGAACAUAUGGUGAGUUGAUUGAUAAUCUUGCUCGCCCCCUUGGCCGGGUUGCUUGGUUUAGGGUUGUAUUAGAUGAGGCUCAAAGCAUAAAAAAUUAUAAAACUCAAGUGGCAAGAGCUUGUUGGGGUCUACGGGCUAAACGUAGGUGGUGUCUAUCCGGUACGCCCAUUCAAAAUGCAAUUGAUGACCUAUAUAGCUACUUCAGAUUUCUUAGAUUUGAGCCAUAUUCUUCAUAUAAACAAUUUUGCUCUUCACUCAAAGUGCCCAUUCAAAGAAAUCCAUCAAGGGGGUACAUAAAACUUCAAGCGGUGCUUAAAGCUGUGAUGCUACGUCGAACUAAAGGAACAUAUAUUGAUGGAGAGCCAGUUAUCACCCUUCCGCCUAAGAGAAUAGAGUUGAAAAAGGUUGAAUUUACACAAUGGGAGAGGGAUUUUUAUUGCAGACUUGAGGCUGAGUCACGUGCACAAUUUGCAAAAUAUGCAGCUGCUGGAACGGUAAAGCAGAAUUAUGUUAACAUAUUGCUGAUGCUUCUGCGUCUCCGUCAAGCUUGUGACCACCCUUAUCUUGUUGAGAGAUCCAAUAAGAGUUCAGUUUGGAGAACCUCACUUGAAAUGGUGAAGAAACUAUCCCAAGAAAAACGAUAUUCACUUCUGACUUGUUUGGAGGCUUCUUUAGCAAUUUGUAGCAUAUGCAGUGAUCCACCUGAAGAUGCCGUUGUGACAGUCUGUGGACAUGUCUUUUGCAACCAGUGCAUUUGUGAGCAUUUAACCGGUGACAACACUCAUUGUCCUACAACAGAUUGCAAUACUGAACUGAGUGUUUCUUCACUAUUCUCCAAAACUAUGUUAAUGGGUUCUGCAUCUGAUCAGCACAGUCAUUCAAACAGUACUACUGAUAACACCGACUCAGAUCCAGGCCAAACACCUCAGCUCUAUUCUUUUGGCUGCUCAUAUGAUUCAUCGAAAAUUAAGGCUGUUCUUGGGGUUCUCCAGUCUUUGUCUAAACCACAGGAUUGCCCCACCAUGCUCAACUCCACUGAUCAUGAAGAAGAUGAAGGGAGUCGUAAUCAAACAAGUAAAAUAGCUGGAGAGAAAGCGCUUGUAUUUUCCCAGUGGACAGGAAUGUUAGAUUUGCUUGAAGAUUGUUUGAAAAGGUCAUCUAUCCAGUACAGGAGGCUGGAUGGAACUAUGUCUGUUGUUGCUAGAGAUAAAGCUGUAAAAGAUUUCAAAACAGUUCCAGAGGUUUCUGUGAUGAUUAUGUCUCUAAAAGCAGCAAGCCUGGGACUGAACAUGGUUGCCGCCUGCCACGUCAUCCUCCUAGACCUGUGGUGGAACCCAACAACCGAAGAUCAAGCCAUUGACAGAGCACAUAGGAUCGGACAGAGUCGUUCUGUCACAGUUUUGCGGUUGACUGUAAAGGAUACUGUUGAAGACCGUAUUUUGGCUCUUCAGGAAAAGAAGAGGAAAAUGGUUGCGUCUGCAUUUGGGGAGGAUAAGAAUGGCAGUCGAGAGACUCGUCUUACUGUGGAGGACUUGGAAUACUUAUUCUGUCACUAAUCCGCUCCUAUUUGGGUUUUUAACAUUUAAACUUCUUUAUUCAUCUCAUUUGAUCCUAUAACACCAUCUCAUUACUACAACUACGACUCAUACUGUUGGUUUUUCUAACCCGGAGCGCCCACCAGAUUUCGUCAGAGUAUAUAUAUAUAUAUAAUUAUAUAAGUGGAAGGUAGUAUAUAUAUUAUUAUUCUGUUUGGUCUGUACCCAAGGACUAACACAUUCUUAUCCUUCUAACCGUUUUUCAUCACAUUCUUAUAGACCAGAGAUGGGGAAUGGAAGUUUUGCAGAAAACAGUUUAAGUUGUAGAUCCUGAUGUAUAUGGUUAGUCUUUUCUAUAGUAGGCUCUAACCCAGCGGUCCACAUGUUUCUGUGUAAAUUCCGAAUUGUGAUUGUGGGAACACCCAUGGAUAUGAAUCAUAUGAUGCUCAUUAAUACUUAGUAAAAUUUAUUAUUACAAUUAUAAUUAUUGCGGUUGUUAUUA